GUGACGCCAUCACGUACAGUCUGACGUUUCGGAGAGGAUAAACAAAAAAAAAAAGGAAGGAAGCCUUCGGCGACACAGUCGCGGCAAAAUCGGUUCAAAAUAUUAGCUUGCGAGCUACCGCUAGCCGCUACAUGCUCGUUUUCGUCGCGUAGACGGUUCCAGUCGGGCGUUUGCAAUCAUGGACGACUCCUUGCUGUUUCGUAUGAGCGCGUUUUCCGAGCAAGGGGGGAGAAAAUACAUGGAGGAUGUUAUCGAGAUAAGGAUCGAGUACGAGCCGACGACGUCGGCAGACGAAGACGAACCUAAACCUAAACCGCACAGAUAUGGAGGGCAGAGGAAUGCGGAGACGGGAGCCACCGAAGGGACCGUCGCCAAGGCAACACACGGCCCCGGAGAACCGGGUCCGGCCACGGCCGUGUGGGUCGAGAGUUUCCCGGACGAGGACCUCAGCGCCACGGCGUCAAAACAAACGGACGCGGAACGCGUAGUGGACACCCGGAGGUCCGUGGCGUUUUUCGCCGUGUUCGACGGCCACGGGGGUCGGGAAGCGGCUCAUUUCGCCAGCGAGCAUCUGUGGGAUUUGUUAAAAAGGCAGCGGGGCUUCUGGUCGAAGGAUCACGGCGAGGUGUGCGCGGCGCUACGGAAGGGGUUCAUCGCCUGUCACCACGCCAUGUGGAAAGAGCUGCCGGAGUGGCCAAAGACCAUCACGGGCCUGCCCAGCACGUCGGGCACCACGGCCAGCGUCGUGGUGAUCCGCGGAACUCACAUGUACGUCGCUCACGUCGGGGACUCGGCGGUCGUGGUCGGAGUGAAAGAAAACGACUCGGACAUCACGCUCCAGGCGCUGGAAAUAACACAAGAUCACAAACCGGAGCUUCCUAAAGAAAAGGAAAGGAUCGAGCGACUGGGUGGCAGUGUGAUGAAGAAAUCUGGGGUGAACCGUGUCGUGUGGAAGAGGCCCAGGCUGACCCAUAACGGCCCCGUGAGGAGAAGUACGGUCAUAGACCAGAUCCCUUUCCUGGCUGUCGCCCGAUCCCUCGGUGACCUCUGGAGCUAUGAUUUCUACAGCGGGGAGUUUGUGGUCUCUCCUGAACCUGACACAACGGUGAUGACCCUCGACCCCAAACGCCAUCGCUACAUCAUUCUGGGCAGCGACGGCCUGUGGAACAUGAUGCCCCCUAAGAACGCUGUGAACAUGUGCUACAGCCACGACAAAAUGGUGGGGCCGAAGGGAAUGUCCUGUGCCCGGCGGCUGGGAUGCACGGCGCUGCUGUUUUGGAAGGAGCGCAUGCUGCGUGCAGACAACACCACCGUCAUCGUCCUGGCUCUACAGGAGCGUGCCGGCCCCCCCAUCCCGAUGCACCGAGAUGAGAUCGUAGUCGACAUGGCCACAGGGAUCGACCAGAUUCCAUACCCCGGAACUCCCUAUAACACAUGCGAGGUCCAGAAGGCGAGUGACCCGCUGGAUGCGCCGUCCCCCUUCAGAGAAAGUUCCAGAACUCUGGAGCAGGCGUUCGGGCUGUACGAAGCCACCUUCUGCGCCACCACGCAGCUCUUACCCGACGCCGACGCCGUGAGAGCCGCGCUGCCCCCCUCCAGCGCGCAAGUGAGUAUUUUCGAGAAACAAGACCCCACCACCCAGAUGGACUGCGCCCCCGCUCCCCCUCCCAAAAGGUCCCGGCGCUCCUCGCACAGACCGCCCGAACUCAGAGGUCCCUAUCGCAGAAUUCUGGCGCAGAAGACGCCGGGCGGAGACACGGAGAGCGAACGGUCUCUUCCGCCUCGUGAGGAAAACACAGAAACCAGCUCUUCUGAGGAGGGGGGGGCCCAGUCGCAGCACCACUGCUCGGCCCUGUGCGCGUGCUGAGGAUCCUGACACUAAAACGUGGGAUGUAGACUCUUUAUACAAAGUCUUGCUCUUAUUUUGUAAAUAUACGAGAAGUGGGGAUUGUAAAUGUGCUCCCGUUCGGAUGUAUUAGUUUUGUGUCCUUCUCCCUUCUCCCUCUGUAAAUCUUAGCGCUUAAGAUUUCAACUUAAAUUUCUCGUUUGUGUUCUAUUUUCAUAUUUUCAAAUAUGUACAGUAUAUCCAAAAGCAUAUUUUUAAUCAAAUGCAUCGCUAUUAUCUGACAUAACUUUAUUUUUAGCAGAAUUGGGACCCACUUGAUCUUCCACUUUAGAUUUUUAUCAAACAAAGGAACUACUUUAGUACUUUCGAUUCAUUUUAUGUCAUGAAUUGACAAUAGAUAAUACCUCAGAUCAGUUGUUUGGACUCUAUGAUUAGAAUGUGCUGCCAUAUUAUUGCCUGGUUGAUUGUGAGUCUUCAUCACAGGUCUGAAGGUGCGUUCUUCACGUGUCACCGGUGUAGCGAUGAUGCUGUAGGCUGCAAGCAGUGGUCUGAGGAGAUUAUGCGGGUACUGAUUUGGAAUUUCUUUCAUCUUUCAUUUAAUUAUGAUGCAACGUGACCACACCCAGCUCAGCUAAUUGGCUUUGGGAAGGGUGGUUUCACCCAAAUCCUAAAAUAAGCAUUUUAGAUACGACUCUUUUGUUUAUCUUUGCGUAAGCAUCGAUGUGUUUUUUUUUAGCAAACUCGCCAUUUGAUGGUUUUAUCUUUUUUAGUAUGUUUAUUCUGUCUUUUAUAUCCAUGAGCCUUCAUGUUGUUUUCCACUAAUGAACUGAGAGUUAUUUUCAUUUCAUUUUAAAAAUGUGUUUACAUGGUCGUGGCAGGAAAAGGGAUUGUUGGCAUCUGUCAGAUGUCUACACACUUUAUAAGCUAAACUUUGGAAAGUUUCCCUCUUUUCAUCUUUUUCUUCUUUUGUGCUUUGUGUUCACGACUUGUGCUUUUUGUCAAGCGCAGGAAAUACGUGUUUGUAAGUGCCACAUUCAUGAGGAAUAGAUCUAAGCUCUAACUUGUGUUCUUAAGGCAGCUGAGCUACAGUGACAUCUUAUUUGUUGCCUUCCUCUCGCAUAAAAAUGUCAUGGUUGCCUUAGCACAAUUAAAUCUGAGGUACUUUUUACGCUUCGUCCCGUUUAGGGCCCAAAAAACAUGAGAAAUAGGAUGUUGGUAUAUGUAUGGCUGCAGCCCUGCCUCAGCCAUUUAUCAUGCACCUUCUUUUGUGUCAAUGUAUCAGUUUUACUGACCCCUCUCCAUGCGCUCAACGUUCUUCAUUUAUUCAGAUGUUUUUGUACAGAACAUCAGUAUGCAAUAGAAGUUUGUACAGUACGUGAUUAUGCAAAGUAUCUGGGUUUUUUCAGAGGUUCAGCAUGCUCAGAUCUGCUCUGUAUUUUGUGACUUGGGUUUCAAUGGACAUGUGUUGUGUUUUGACGGUGACAAUUCUUUGGUCUUACUUUUUUUUUCACGGCAGCCAGUUUUUCAUGGCUCACUGUACAAGUAAAACACUUUGAAAGUGACUGGAUAUAUGAUAUAUGUGUUGUUAUAAAGGUCUCAUUUUUCAAUAAAUGCCAUCUUUUCUGCUACUCUG